AUGCUAUUGAAGCAAUUCAUUGCAGAAACCUUCUAAAACUUACCUUAAUACAAAUUCUACUAGACUUAAGAGCCAAAGGAAAUGCUUCUUAUUGAUAAGAAGUAUGAAGUCCUCAAGUCAAUUGGAAGUGGAGCAACCUCAGUUGUUGUCAAAGCUUCAAAGAAUGGCAAUUAAGAGGAAAUAGUUGCAGUAAAGAAAAUCAAUAAAGUAUUUGAUCAUCAAGCAUUUGCCCAUCGUGCCAUGAGAGAGCUGCGUAUUCUUCGUCUUCUGAAUGACCAUGAGAACAUUCUCAAGAUUCACGAGAUUAUGAUACCCAGCGAUAUAAAAGGCUUUAAUGAGCUAUAUAUUGUGAGUGAUUAUAUGGAUUCCGAUCUUCAUGACAUUAUCAGGAUCAACGAAAACAUCACCCGAGAGCACAAACAAUUCUUUAUGUAUUAGCUCUUGAGAGGCCUUAAGUAUAUUCAUUCUGCUGGAAUUAUUCACAGAGAUAUCAAGCCUUAGAAUCUUCUGAUUAACAAAAGCUGCGAACUCAAGAUUUGCGAUUUCGGACUCUCAACAGUGAAAUCCUAGUCAAUCAAUAAGAACUAUGAGUUGACUGGCUAUGUUGUGACAAGAUGGUUCAGAGCGCCAGAGCUGUUACUCAAGUAUCAAUCCAAGACUUAUUCUUCUUAAAUCGAUAUGUGGUCUGUUGGCUGUGUAAUGGCGGAACUAUAUCUAAGAAAAGUCAUUUUCGGUGAGAAAGAUUUGACAAGGUAAAUCUAGAGAAUUAUCAGCCUGCUUGGAGUUCCCCCACAACAUAUAAUGGACAAGAUAUAAGAUCAGAGAAUAAGAGAUUUCAUUAUUGAAGCUGGAAAGAAGACGAAGAAAGUAACAUUUAAGGAGGUUUUACCUGGAAUUGAGCCAGAUGCCCUAGAUUUACUCUAAAAGUUAUUAGAAUACGAUCCUGCCAAGAGGAUAACAGCUUAAGAUGCCCUGAAGCAUCCAUUUUUUGCUGAGCUUCAUGUACCUAAUGAUGAGCCUACAGCUGAGUCUGUUAACUACUUUGACUUUGAGUUUGAAAAUUAUACUCUGUAGAAGGGUACACUUCGAAAACUCAUUAUUGAUGAAAUUAUUCUUUAUCAUAGUGAGAAGGCAUUAAAGUUCUAUUAACAGUGCAAGAAAAAAUACCCUAGUGGCAUACUUGAGAAGUUUUACACAGCAAAUGAAGAUCAAUUGAGUGAAAAUGACUCAAUGUCUGACACAGAUACAUAAUCUUCAUCAACUACACAUUCUCCAGAAAAAGAUGUAACUAUGAGUUGA